GUGCCAGCAGACCAGCGCCAAAGUUUCUUACUUUCACCGUUAUACUAGCAUUGUUGAGUUUUAUGUGCUAUUGUUCCUUGUUUGCUCCCUGAAGUCGUGCUGGCUCAUGCUGGAGUAAGCAAAGUGCGUUAUGAGUACUUGGGACUUUCAGUUUGAUUGACAACAUUCCUUGCAAUAAAUCUCCGCAGCGAGGCAUUGACCAUGUCGACCUACUCUGCCAGUUCGCGGGAUGCUUCGCGGGACCGUGCUGAGUCUCGAAUCGUCAAACAUCAACAUUCAUUUUCAGAGUCCGGCAGGAGCUCAGUGCCGAUGUGGGAUAGCUCAGAUCCCGACAGAGCGCCUCCACCACUUCCGCUGAACCCUGGAGUUCCAGGAAGUCCUCUGACUAGAUCUAACACAUCGAAACGGAUUGACGAAGCUGCCGCCCUGAUUGCUGCCAGAGCACGAGAAAAUGCACCCAGUGGCUAUACCAGCAACCCUCCUCCGACGUCACCAGACAGGAAUGUCAUACGAGCGCAAAAUAGGCGUAUGCAGAACCUGCAGAGCCCCGGCAUCAGCAGGCUGAGUGAUUCACUGGAAAGACGAUCACCGGACAAAGGCCUUCGCACGGCAAAGUUCGUGGAUUUCGAGGACUUUCCCAGCAGCAAAACAUCAGAGCGCAGUCCAACGAGACCAAGGUCAGAGACUCCAACACCAACUGAAAGGAACUCGGCAAGGUCAAAAGAUACAGAGAAUACACCGCCUCCAUCGACCAUGUUAGCCUUGCAGACAAUUAGAAAUCGGCAGGAUGCCACGCCUCUUGGUGACAUAACGAAUGGGGCAUCGCCUUCGGUCCCUACAUCCUAUUCCUUUGACGCCCUGUCGAAUCAGAUUCUGAGCCUGACAUCAAUUAUCACAAGCGUUCAAAAAGAGAUGUCGAGCCUGAAUAAAAGAAGCAAAGAUAACUACGGCGACCUCAUGAGCCUCAAGGAGGCCACAACGGCGAGAGACGAAGACAUCCGCAAAAGCCUCAGAGAGCUCAUAUCGGGUCUAGAAAGCAAGUUUACAAAUCUUGACUCUCGGCUACUUGCUGCUCCUCCAGACGCCAGCAGAUCAACUCCCAAUCUAGGUUUGUACUUUGACGAUAAGGCACAUAAUGGCUCUCCACGUCCCAAGAGUCUCGGGCUGCCACGCAUUGGCAGUCCCUCUAGUUUCUCUGCCGCGCUCGACCGAGACUUGACCGCGUCGCCUUCCAUCACAUGUGUUGACGGUGCUGCAAGCAUUGCUCUCCUCGAGAAAGUGCUCAGGGAGAUGGCCACCCGCGAAGGACAAGACAAAAUCAUGAGCACUCUCGAAGCAGUAAAAUCACAAGCUCUUGUUCGAUCGCAUCCAGAUGCCCCUGUUUCAACUGCAUUCGACCCUGCGAUGAUGUCGAAGUUGGAGGAUAUCCUCGUCUUCAUGAAGGACAUGAAGGAGGAAUCUGGAUCACGCGCGCUGGUGCGCUCAAGCGGCCAUGAUGGUAGCAAGGGCCCCUCAAACCUUGACCUUUAUCUUGAAGGGGAAUCAAAGGCGGCCAAAGCAAGAUCGGGUGUGGAAGGGCGGAUUCCGCUAUCGGGCUCCGACUUGGCUAUCGACGACAUUGUUACAAUGUUGAAGAGUGUCAAGCAAUCAUUGGCCCAAGGAGGCGGCCUCACAAAUGAAGUCAAAGUCUUGGUUCGGGAACUACGGGGCGAAGUCUUGGGAAUGGGACGUGAGAUUGCAAAGAAAUUGGAGCAAACGACAUCGCCAACCAAAAAUGCUGGUGCGGAAACACAAGCAGCCAUGAGGGACGAGGUCGCCCUUAUCGUGCAGCAAGGCCUUGCUGAGCUCAAAGAACACAUCCACCACAUUGUUCAAGAAGGUACAAGACUAUCAGCAGAGCAAAAUCGCCCAGCAGUCGAUACGCAGGAAGUCGUGCGGGCAGUCCGUGAUGUCCUCGCAGAACUACCUCAGCCUCGUGAACAGCCAAUUCGAGAUCCGGUUGCCGAACGAGAAGAAUUACUCCUUGCUGUUAGAGAAGCCUGGGAGGACUGCAAACCAGAAAUCGCCCUUGAACAUUUCGGGCUGGAACGAGAUGAGAUCUUGGAGACGUUAAAGGAGGGUCUCAAGUCCUAUCAACCACAACAACCUACUGCAAAAGAUGCCGGGGCCAGUUAUGAAGACGUGCUCGAGGCUGUCAGGAAAGGGCUUGCAGAUUUCGACCUUCCACCCAUCCCAGCGCCAGCUGGAAUCACUCGGGACGAUGUCCUUGCAGCUGUCUGUGAGGGCAUCAAAGGUAUCGAAUGGCCAGACAUGUCUGCGCCUCGGGGGAUAGACAUGGAGCUGACCAAAGAUGACGUCUUCGAGGCUGUGCGAGAAGGACUAGAGCAACACGACACCGUCACAAGAGAUCAAAUAAGUGAUGCGAUCAAAGAUGGCCUUUCUCAACACGAUCGCGUCGCCAAAGAGGUCGAAUUUAACCGCGAGGACCUAUUUGACGCCAUCAAAUCCUGUCUGGAAGGCGAACAGAAUCCCUUAGGAGGAAUGGGAGAACGGGUCAUCGAAGCUAUGCAUGAGUUCCUCGGCAGCAUGAAGAAUGAGUUCCAGCAAUAUUCAGCGGCCAGUGGCAAGGACACGGAACAGGUACUGGAUGCUCUCAAGGAUGGACUUGAAGACCUAAGAGCCGACAUAGAAAGCUAUGUUGACCGCGCUGCCGAUGUCACUGGCAAAGAUGAGAUCAUCGACACGGUCAAGGCUGGAUUUGCUGCAAUGCAAGCGGAUCUCGACAAAGGGUUUGCAGCACGCGGAAAUGGGGCGCCGAACACACCUGAACUGUUGGACGCAAUGGAGAAGGAAUUCGAACAUCUUCGUGAGACCAUCAGCAAAAACAUGGCUAGGAACAAUGCUCUCUCGGAGAAGGACGAGAUCCUCGAUGCUAUUCGUGACAUAGCUGACGACCGGCAAUCGACCCUCAGCAGCAACAGUGAAGACAUUGUGCGCCUGGUCAAGGAGGAAUUGGAGCAUAUGCGCACGACUCUGGCCGGGACCCUCGUCAAAAAUGGCUCUUCACUAGAUCGUGAGGAAGUUCUCGACGCCGUCCGAGAAGGACUUGCCUCGUCUCGUCCGAAGAUCGACGGGAACGAAAGUAUUCUGUCCAAUACUAGUGAGCUGCUUGACGCUUUUCAGGAUGGAGUUGAUGGUAUUCGAGCCGACAUCCAGAAAUUGACCGAUCGCCCGGUUGACCUCAGCGCAAGCUACGAAAUCCUCGAUGCGCUCAAAACGGGGAUUGAGGAUGUCCGAGCAGAUAUUUCGAGACUUCAAGAGAAACACACUGACGAAUCCGACACCGCCACCGCCCGCGGACAGGAGAUGGUGAUACACGACCAGAGCCGCAUCUCUACCGAAAUCGAAGGUUUGAAGGUGAUGAUCACACAGCUGAGAAUCAAAGUCGAAGCGCUAGACGGAAUGGCUGGACCACCGCCUAUGACGGAUGCUCGAAUACACAAAGACGACAUGAAUGAGCUCCAAGAUGCCAUCCAACAAGUCCAGGAGUCUAUCGACCGAUCCCAUUCUACUGAGACUCGAAUCCACAAAGAUGAUCUGGAGGGUUUGUAUGCCGCCAUCGACCAUGUUACCAAUGCUGUUAAUCAUGUUCGAGAUGCACCUCAGCCAGAACUGAUCAUGCCAGAGAAUGCUGCAUCGAAAGAGGACACCGAAGCCAUCGAAACACUCCUGAGAAACAUCAAGGCUAGAAUCGAUGAGACCCUAUCGCCGGAAUCUGAGCCCCUGGCCAAAUCGAGUCAGAUCGAUGCCUUGGAGUAUGCCCUCAAGGAAAUGAAGGUAGUGGUCGACGAAGCCAGCGAACGGGCUGCCGAACCAACCAACAGAGAAGAUUUCACAUUGAUCGAGUUGAUGUUGAAAGACGUUCAGAGCAGCAUAGAAGAGGUCAGGUCCAAGGUAGAGGAACCCAAGACCGAACACGGUGGUCUCGAGAAGUCCGAUCUGGAAGUAGUUGAAUCACUGUGCCUGGACAUCAAGACCCAGAUUGAGAGUAUCAAACCGCCCGAUCUUGGCUCUCUCCCGUGCAAAGGCGAUAUCGCCGACGUGAAAAAUGACCUCAAAGCAUUUCGGGAGCAAUUAGAGGCCGACAACGGUCUCACUGCGCAAGCAUUUGAAGCCAGAAAGAUUGAGCACGGAGGCUUGGCCACGAAAAUCGACGACGUCAAAAAUAUCAUCGGCGACCUCCGGGACGAACUCAUCGGCAAGGUGGAAGGGAGCGCAGAGGGAAUUGUGGAACUGAACAAAGUACUUGGAAUGCACCAUGACGAUAUGAGCAAAUACGCCACUGCAGCAAGUAUCGAGGAAAUGUCCAGCAUGAUCAAAGACGAACUCGAACGGCAUAUGGACCAUCACUCUACCAUUAAAGCACAGAUGGAAGAGCGAGAUGCCACGCUGUUCACCAAGCACGAGGAGACGGGUGCGGAACUCAAAUCUGUGCUUGAGGAUAAAUUCAGUGCGCUGAUGACCAAGUACGAUGACGCUCAGCUCGCCAGCGACGCCAAACUGAGUUCGCUAGAAGACCGAGACAGCGCACAUCUGGAAGCCACCAACAGUACGAAAGCGGUUGUGGACGAUCUCAAAUCACUCAUGGACACAUUGGGGACAACAGUCGCAGAAACUUGUGAGCGCGUCUCGGAAGACUCGAAAAUCGUUUUUGGUUCGAUCGAAGAGACCAAUUCGAAGGUGGACAACCUCCACACGGCCAAUGCCUUCGAACAUGGGGUGACUCGGGAAGAAAUUGCGAAGACAUUGGCCGCAGCAACAAGGCUUGAGGGCAGUCUGUCAGACCACCAACCGGCGGUACUAUCUGCAAUUCAGGAAGUCCUUGGAGUGGUGACCCAGCACUACGAGCAUUCGCAACAGCAAACAGAGAGCUUUGCACGAGCAACGGAAGAGAUCAAAUCCGGCGUAGACUCCAUUCCAGCAGCUAUACCACCCUUAUUGCCAGCACUGCCCGCUACAGAAAUGAUCAGGGACAUACCUGCCCAAAAAGAAUACGACGACAGUGAGCUGCACGAUAAGUUGGACACUCUUCUCUCCCAUGCCAACUCCACGAAGGACGUCAGCGAGUUACAUGACAAGCUAGACACCUUGCUCUCCCAAUCGACCUCGUCGACGGCAAUUAGUGAGGUCCAGGACAAGCUGGACACCCUGCUAUCCCAUGCCGACUCGGCGAAGAACACCACUGAGUUGCAUGACAAGCUAGAUACACUUGUUUCGCAUGCGAGCGUGGCGAAGGAGAUGUUUGCAGCGCUGGAGGACCAUCAGAAGGAGACGCGAGACUCCCUUGGUAACCUUCGGAAGCUUGACGAGAUUCACGAACAAGUCAUGUCUACCGCGGCCGAGAUUGCAGGUAUGGUGACCACCCAGGCGAGACUGAUGGGGGAGCACCAUGACUCCAAAGUUGCCGAGGCGACGGAGGCAGCGAUCGCCCUGGAGAAGCGAACGGCUCAAAAGGAGAAGGUUGAGGCUGAUAUUGUUUCCCUGAACGAAGAGAAGAAUUCUCUCUUGGAGUCGAUGGCAACGUUGAGGCGAGAGCAAGAGCAGCUCAUUGGACAGACAAAGAAAUUGACUCGGGACGUGGCCAAGCUGGAGACGGCGCUGCAAAUCCGACAAGACGAAAUGCGCGAGAUGAAUGCCAGAGCAGAGAUCCUUGAGCGUCGCAUCCUUGAAGGACUUGUGAACCAAGCUCGAGCGGUCAAGACAUCCUCCAGGACUAUCAACAGAUCUAGAAUCAGCCCGGCCGAACGCGAUGCGUCAAUGAGUCUCAAGCGUGUCCCAAGCACCACUAGCACAGCAACAGCCAGAACUUCCAUCAAAGGCGGGAAGUCGGCCAUCGGCAGCGCCGUUGGUACAGCCUUGAAAAAGAGGACGCCACUCACUUCAAAUUCCAAGGCGGCAUCGACUCCAAGAACAUCUACCGUUGAUCGGCGCAUUCUUAGCACCAGCCAUGUCACUGGUAACCGUGGUCGAAACACGCCUGAUAUGGCUUUGAUGCUCGCUCCUGUGCCUAAAUCAACAGGGCUUGUCAGUCUCAAACGCAGCCAGUCUGUGAAGAGUAACCCUAGCAGUUACCUCAACGGUCGCAAAGCCAGCUGGAAUGGUGCCCCAACGGAGUUGACGGACAAAGAGAACUUUGGCGAUGACCACGAUGAGAGUGAUGAUGACGACCACAGCGAAACAAGCACCGAGAGGAGGACCAGCUAUGGUACGAGCGUCAUGUACACCGACAGCAUGACGUAUGGCACAGGAAGCACGUUGAGUGGAGACAGUAGGCGGUCGGCAAGCUGUGGUAGCAGCAUUGUCGGGACGGUCAAUGGGCAGACGGACAGCAUCGCCGAGGAGGAUGAGGAACAAGAGACGGACGAGAAUACCCACACGGCCAUGGUCCUCCACAAUGGCCAAGCUGCUGACGACCAUCAAAACAAUGCAAUCCAACAGGGCUCGAUGGCACUGACCACCAUGGACGGAUCACACAGUCCCAUUCUCGAAGCAGAAACGAUGUCUGAUCUGCAGCCCCCACCAACCAUUACCGAGGAAGGGAUGAAGUACCACGGCAGUGACAGCGGACUAGGUACUGAGCCGUUGACAGCAGGCUCGGAAGGCCGUAAUGACUACUUUCAGAUGACGGCGUAGGAUAUGAGAAGUGAGAGAGAAAGGAAAUGAGAGGCUGGCGUUCUGGAGUUUUUGCUGUCGAAGUGUUUCUUGGCUAGAUAGUCCGAUGCAGGAUAGUGAGCGUUCAGCGAGUAGUGCAACACAGUGCCCGAGACGGGAUGAUGACGGAUUAAGUAUCGAGAUACUCAAUAUGGACAUUGAUUGACCUGG